AUGGCUGUGGAGUUGAUCAUUUAUAACCAGCAUCUGAAGGACGAAAACGUUUGCGUUAACGUAUUGAUUGGCGACGACGACUCAUCAACUAUUGCGGCAGUGCGGCGCGAAUCUACCACACAAAUAGAUAAGUGGUCUGAUCUAAACCACGCAUCCAAGGCGAUGAUUAAUUCGUUGUAUGGUUUGAAGCUGCCAACUAAAAUCAUCGAGUAUUUUUUACGAUGCUUUACUUGCGCGAUAAAAAAGAAUGAAGGCAAUCCUGAAGCAGUAAAGUGUGCAUUGAGAAACGUCGUGUCUCACGCUUUUGGUAAUCAUGAGCGUUGUGGCGAGUGGUGUCGCUAUUCUAGCAUAGGUGAAGAGUAUCAGCCCAAAGGCCUUCCUCAUGGAAAGCCUUUAUCAGAUCCACAGCUAAAAUCUGCACUUACUUCUGUCUUCACGAGAUUCGCAAAUAAUUCUGACAAAUUGGCACCGUGCGGUUCUAGCCAAGGCAACGAAUCCUUUAACAGUUCAGUUGCCAGCAAGGCUCCAAAAUCAAAAUACUACGCAGCAUCAGAGUCCCUCAAUUUUCGAGUUUAUAAAGAGCUGAAUCUGUCGCCGAGCAAAGCCACGGUAAAAUUCCGCGAAUCAAAAGAAAGUGUCAGAAAACAAAAAAUCGAGAAUUUACGGACCGUCGAAGCAAAACGAAGAAGACUGUUUCAUAAGAAAAAUCGAUCAACUGAUACUUCCGACCACCAAGGUGCGAGGAUAGUGAUUUUUGACUUGGAAACAACCGGACUGUCGAAGUCCGCAGAAAUAUGCCAGAUAGCAGCUGUGCACGAGAAGGAAAUAUUUAAUGUAUAUAUCGUUCCAGCGGGAGACAUGUCUUCCAGGGCCGCAGAAGUCACUGGGCUUCAAGUCCAUGGGGGUGAAAUGUUUUUGAAUAACCAACAAGUUGACACAACGCCACCUUAA